GGUCCCAUAGUUGGCACUGCAAAUCAGAGCAGAAACUAAGCAAUUAAGUAUAAGGAAUUGUUUGCAGACCCCCAAGACCGGAUUGUGUUAAGGCACAAAUCUGGGGAAGGAUACAAAAGAAUUUCAACAGCAUUGAAGGUCCCGAAAAGCACUGUGGUCUUGAUUAUUCGGAAAUGGAAGCAGUUUGGAACCACCAGGACCCUUCGUACAUCUGGCCAUCCGACCAAGUUGAGUGGCCCAGCCAGAGCCUGGACUUGAAUCCAAUCAAACAUCUCUGGAAAGACCUAAAAAUGGCUGUCCACUGACGCUGCCCAUCCAACUUGACUGACCGUGAGAGGAUCUGCAGCGAAGACUGGGAGAAAAUGCCCCAAAACAGGUGUGCCAAGCUUGUAGAGACAUACCCAAGAAGACUUAAAGCUGUGAUUGCUGCCGCAAGUGUUUCAACAAAAUAUUAAGCCAAGGGUGUGAAUACUUAUUUACCUAUUAUGUUUAAAUGUUUACAUUUUCAAUACAUUUGCACAACUGUCUGAAAAUAUGUCAUUUUUACUAUGACAUUGUGGGAUAUUUUGUGAUUUUUAAAGAAAACUAUAGGUUUUCUUUAAAACUAUAGUCUAUAACAGCAAAAUGUGAAAAACGUGAAUGGGUGUGAAUACUUUCUGGUGGCACUGUAUUCAUGCUCACAUUCACAUAGUACACCUAUGGCCGAUUUAGAGCCUUCAAUUAACCUAACAUCCAUGUUUUUGGGAGAAUCUGGGUGAAUGUGUUGGAAAGUGACCUGCUACUUUUCUUCCUUACUGAUAUUGUUAAGACAUUAUUUUGUUUUCGUGUUUUUCUUUUUAAAUUGUGAUGUAAUGUGACUGAUUAUCAGGGGAUUGUAAUUUCUACCGUUCCUCACACUGCUUGUUUUACAGAUUUGCUACUGAAUACCCAUUCCUCUCUCUCUCUGUCAACCUCAUGAGGUUCAUUUCUUCUCACCAGUAAUUGAUGGUAGCAAUUAUCAUGGAGUCUAAUGUGAUUUGGGUGCGCAUCAAGACAGUGAGGGAUUUACUGCUGUCACUGUACCCAAGGGCCAAAACAUAAUCACACAAAACCAAUCUUUGUAAGACCUGUAAUAUUUAAAGGAGGCUUUUCAAAUAGGGGACAGAUAUUCUACAUUCAUUAUAAGACAGACAAAACACAUUUCAGUUUAUUUUGUUUUGAUAAAAUAAUGAAUUAUUUUUUUAUUCAUCCCCUAAAAUGACAUGACAGAAUAAUGCCACACCUUAUAUCGACAAAUAACUGUCUAUGCAGUGGUAAUUUGGGGUUAGUCAAACUGAAUCACUAAUAUAUCAACUUCAUCUACCAAUAGCAACUACAUCACCAUUAUCCAAUAAUAAUAAUAGUAUUACAUUAUGUUAAGAUGAAGAACAAUAAGAAUACUGUUGUAUUGUUCCAUACUGUCUGGUUUUAUCUCAGAAGAAUGAUAGUUGUCCCCUUUUGUGAUGACUAUGUUCAUGUGCGAGCAUAAUUUUACUAUCCCUAGUGAGGAUUUUUUUAUAUAUAUAUAAAAUCAAAAAAUAUGUACUGUAAAUAUAUCAUGGCAGUACUGUCACUACUACCAUCGCCACCACAAAUAGCCACUACUACCACUAAUAAUAAUAAUAAUCAGGCACGUUCCUUUUUUUGGCUUAAUCACCUGCCACCAAAAAUGUCGGUGCAUGUGGCUGAUACUACUAAUAAUAAUAAUGACCCCAACCAUCAUCUAGGGUUGCGGUGUACAAUAUUCUUUCGAUGAGUUUUACGUAUGUGUAGGGGGUUAAUUAUUAACUACAGAAUGAUGGGCAAAACAUGAUGCCUUUCUAAUAGUAUCCACCCAGUCCCUGGUCUUUCCCUGUGCUAGAAACCCUCCAGGCAGCGCACUACAGCCUGCCGCAGUGGCCUUUUCGGGCGGGGCCACAUAUUGGUAUAAGAGGGCAGAAAUCAUCCGACGGGUGCACAGUCUCACGCGAACCCGUUCACGACUCGUGCUCCUCCACUUGGCCCGCCUCCUCUCUCAUUACGACCCCAGCACUUCUCCGUUCACUCAACGGGACCAGAACCAUGGAGAGUGCUGCUGUUUUCCGUGAGCUUCUGGUGGUCAGCCUGCUGGUCGUCUUGUGUCACAGCCAGAUGUCCCAGGAAGUGUCUGCUGAGGACUUGGAAGGCGACAGAAGCGAGCCAGGAACAGACAGAGACUUGGUUGAAGCACUGGAUGUUUUGCUGGGCAGGAUGCAUAAUCGGAUUUCCACAGAGAAGAGAGGAAGCAUCCCGCUGUGUGGGAUGGGCAACCGGUGUGCCAUGAAAUUCGGGCCGCGAAUUGGAAAGCUGUGCGACUGCGGCAGAGGAGCCAACUGCAAUUCCUACCUGCUCAAGUGCAUCUGAACCACUCACAAUUUAAAAUUCAUGUCUGAAGGAAGAAUGAACAUUUGCAAAACCACAAAUCAUCAUUCUGUUGUCGGCAUGCAGUGCCCUCAGUUACUGUAUGGUAUGCACUGUUUAUUUUUUAAUAGAUGUUAGAUAUUCAGAAUUAUUUUGUGGUGUGUACCCUCCAGAUUGUACCAUAUAAAUGUUUUGCAUUCAAUAAACAUUUAUCAACAUUG